GUCAUUUUCAACUGUUCCUUGUUCUUCCAAGAUGACAGACCCUGCCCUAAGAAAGAGGCGCAAUUAUGAUGAGAACUCACUACAAAAUGGCUCUGGAAUAAAUGUCGAUGAUUACACAGAUGACACUAAAAAAGUUAAUGUGUCGAACCUAAGCCCAUCAAAAUAUUCGCAUCUUAUUGGCCUUAGCAUAGUUACUAUUGCUGGCUUCUUCGUUACUUUUUACAAGAUCUGGUAUCCAGCGGAAGUGGUGUUUGACGAGGUCCACUUUGGCAAAUUUGCUGGAUAUUAUCUUAGACGAACAUACUUUUUUGAUGUUCACCCUCCUCUUGCAAAAAUGAUGUUGGCUGCAGUUGGAUAUAUGGUUGGAUAUGAUGGUCAUUUUGAAUUCGAUAAUAUUGGAGACAGUUAUAUCGAAAAUAAUGUACCAUAUAUCGCUCUUCGUGCAUUGCCUGCCUCCCUUAAUGUUUUUUGUAUCGCGCUCAUGUACAGUAUCAUGAAAGAAUCUGGGUAUUCUGUAUGCACUUGUUUUCUUACUGCCAGUUUGUACCUACUUGAUAAUGCAAUCGUUGCUCAACACCGUCUGAUUAUGUUGGACAGCAUGUUAAUCUUCUUUAUGCUGGCCACAGUGUACUCUUAUAUCCGAUUCCGUAAAGUUAGACACCAAGAAUUUUCUGCUACAUGGUGGGCUUGGCUUCUUGCAACUGGCGUCACAAUGGCAUUGACACUGAGUGUCAAAAUGGUCGGUCUUUUCCUUGUUGCUGCCAUCGGUAUUUGUGUAAUUGUUGAUUUGUGGGAUUUGCUCGAUAUUAAACGUGGAAUUUCCAUCGAUCAUUUUAUAAAACACUUUUAUGCAAGAGCACUUGGCUUGAUUGCCGUCCCAGCUUUUAUUUACAUGUUCUGGUUUUAUGUCCAUUUUGCUAUCCUGGUUGAAUCUGGUCCCGGCGAUACAUUCAUGAGCUCAGCAUUUCAAGAGACUCUCAAGAAUAGUGCAAUUAAGAUGAAGUCACUAGAUAUUCAUUAUAACGAUGAUAUUCGACUUAUGCACAAGGAUACCGAGAAAUAUCUUCAUUCUCAUGAUUUGGAGUAUCCUUUACGCUACGAUGAUGGACGAAUUAGCAGUCAAGGUCAACAAGUUACUGCCAUCACUGUUCCUGACGAUAACUCUUGGUGGCGAAUCAAGCCUACAAAGGAAAUAUCGGAAGAUGAACCUGUUCCUAUCAUCCACGGAGAUAUCGUCCAACUUGAGCAUGUGGGCACAGAAACUAUUCUUCUUACCCAUGAUGUUGCUUCUCCAUUGAUGUCAACAAACGAAGAAGUCACUACAGUAGACUUGGACGAGAGAUACAAUGAAACUCUCUUCCAGGUAUUAUUUGAUGACCACAACAAUGGCGAUAUCUGGCAAACAUACAUGAAGGCUGUCCGUUUGGUCCACAUGGAUACCAAGGUCGCUAUCUGGACACAUCCUAAAAAUCUUCCAGACUGGGGCUUGGGUCAUCAAGAAGUUAACGGAAAUAAGAAUUUGAUGGAUAAAAGUAACUACUGGGUGGCCACUGAGAUUGAUGGGUUGAAUGCAACUGAAAUCAACUUGGAGAAGAAGAAGGAAAUCAAAACAAUACCUUUCAUAUUCAAGUUUGUUGAAUUACUUGGACGUAUGCUCAGUCAUAAUUCUGGUCUUACUAAGCCUCACCCUUAUCAAUCAAAUGCUAUUUCUUGGCCAUUAUUGUCGCGUGGAAUUUCAUACUGGUCAAAGGACGAUACUAAGGAGCAGAUCUACAUGACUGGAAAUGUUUUUGGCUGGUACCUCUCUAUGGUUGGAACUAUCAUCUACACUGGUGCUAUUAUCAUUGAUACAAUUUGCCGUAGAAGAGAUGUUGCAUGGAUUGAAGAGCCUCUUCGCCGCCGUUUAAUUCAAUCUGCUGGAUUCUUUAUACUCCUUUGGCUUCUUCAUUAUAUCCCUUUCUUUGCUAUGGGUCGUGCUCUUUUCCUUCAUCAUUAUCUCCCAGCAGCAGCAUGCAAUUAUUUAUUGCUUGGAGCUGUAUUCCAGUAUCUUUUCAUAACAAGCGUUGAUUCCCCUACUUCUGACCUGAGACGUAACCAGAGUGCGUUGGAAGAAAUUCACCCUGUCGGCCCAGCUCAUGCACAAACAUCUACUCAGGCACAACCGACCACAAAAACAUACAUUAUCGCAACAAUAAUCUUGGCAUUACAAUUCGCAUGUUUUGUAUUCUUGUCGCCUCUUACAUACGGUAGUCCUGGGCUCAGUAUUGAUGAGGUCCAAAGACGUAAAGUCUUCAGUGGAUGGGAUCUUCAGUUCGCCAAAUAAAACGCAUUCUUGGCCAAUUUUGUAUAGCAAUUUAGCAUGGGCUUUCCCAAUCAUUUUUUUAAUAAAAAUAUUUUCAAAUGAUGUUUAUUAUCAU